GUCUCUCUCUCUCCCUCAAUCUCUAUCUGCCCAUAUUUUCUUGCUGUCAACAAAUUCAUUCACCAAUCUCUUUCUAUUCCCAUCAACAACAAACAAAACACAAAGAGUCCAUUCACAAUAUUAAAACCAUUUCACCAAAAACCUUCCCACAAGCAAACCUCUCCUCAACAAUGUCGUCUCGAAACUGCAUAUCAAGAACCCACUUCUGGUUUCUUCUUCUCAUUAUUCUUCUUGGUUUCUGUAACGGAGCAAGAACAAGCAAGAACGUCUUCAACUCAAAACCACACAAGAAAGAUAAUAACAACGUCGUUGCAUCUUCAUCUAAACAGUUCUUGGGAUUCUUGCCACGUCACUUCCCUGUUCCAGCUUCUGGUCCCUCUAGAAAACACAAUGAUAUCGGUUUACUUACUUGGGAUCGAUCUUCCCCGUGAAAAGCUUUAAAGGUCACCCCACGUACUUUUUUAUUUAUUUUUCUAUUAGUUAUUUUCCUUUUUCUUGUAUUUGAUUUUCCUAUUUUACCCCGUGCUUCUGAAUUUUAAGCUGGUGUAAAUGGUUUAUUUUUUGGUUUUUGAGAUGCCAAGAAAAUGUGUUUUUGGUUUGAUUCACAUCUAUAGUCUAUGAUUAACUUGUAACUGGAAGUUGUUGAUUUAUUUAUUUAUGAUAACACGAAUUUGUAUUAUUGCACGUAUCAAAAUGUAAGGGCCGACUUUGUCGGGACUAGUUAUGCGUGUGUGUUGUAAAAGAGUUUGCUCAAUCGUUCAACUUUAAAAGAGAAGUGAAAUAUAUGGUGUAACUAUAAAGUUUG